AUGACCGGCCUGCCGAUCGAUCAGGUCGAUGCCCUCAGCAGGGUGAAGACGACUGAGGAGAUCGGCGGCCUUCUUCAGGGUUUGGUUGAGGCGCUCGGUUUUGCGGCCUACUCCUACGUUCAUGUCCGACCGCCGCUGGGCAAGCGCAUCCGCUCCUUCGUCCCGGCCGAUUCGCCGAACGGGCGCGUGGUGCACGAGUUUCUCGCCACCUUCCCGGAUUCCUGGAUUGGGCACUAUCUGGCGCGCGGCUAUGGCGAUAUCGAUCCGACUUUCCUUGCCGCAACCGGCACCACGCUGCCGUUUGACUGGCUGACCCUGACCGCACGGGGCGACCUCAGCAGCGGUCAGCGCCGGCUGUUGAACGAGGCCGAGGAUUUCGGCCUGGGCCUUGGGGCGACCGUACCCAUCCACGGUCCGGACAGCGGACUGUCGACCCUCAAUGUUACCGCCCGCCAGGCCCAGCCGGCCUUCGAGGGAACAUAUCGGCAGUCCCGCCAUGACCUCGUCUGGAUCGCCGCCCAGGUUCACGAGGCUUUUCUGCGGCUUUCACAGGACGCGCCGGAAACGCAGCGCGUGCGCCUUACCGACCGCGAACGCGACUGCCUUUUGUGGACGGCGCGCGGGAAGACCGCUUGGGAGGUCGGCCAGAUCCUCUCUAUCUCCGAAGAGACGGUACUGUUCCACCUGAAGAACGGCACCCGCAAGCUGGGCGCCUGCCGGGAUCCGAAACCAGGGGGGGACCGCGCCGUGAUCGACGUUGUAACGCCGGAUUUCUACAGCGCUUACGCCAAGGAUCUGAGGGCGAUGUUUCAACAGCGCUUCCGCGUUUUCAGGCAGCGGCUGGGCUGGGACGUUUCUUCCGAGGCGGGUGAGGAGCGCGACGGCUUCGACACGCUCUAUCCGACCUACCUGCUUGCCAGCGACCAGGACGGCGCGCUCGUCGGCAGUUGGCGGUUCCUGCCGACGACCGGUCCCUACAUGCUGCGCGAUGUUUUCCCGGAGCUCCUGGAAGGCGAGAAGGCGCCUUAUCAUCCGCUGGUCUGGGAGGGCAGCCGCUUUGCGGUGGAGGGCCGCAGCACCCGCGGGCGCACCAGCAGCGAGCUGCUCUGCGCGGUGACCGAGACCUGCCUGGCGAUGGGCAUCCGCGAACUCAUCACCGUCUACGACGCCAGGAUGGAGCGCCUGCUGCCACGGCUGGGCUGUCCGCCGCGCCGGCAGUCUGAAGGCAGACGCAUCGGCAAGGAAAUCGCCUUCGCCGGCCGCUUUGACAUGACCCAUGCAACGCUGGCGAACCUGCGCGCGGUUGCCGGCAUUCGCGGCUCGGUCAUCCGCAACGCCUUCGCCCUGGAACAGCAGGCCGAUGCCGAGGCCAUCAAGCGAUGCCUCGAUUACCUGAGGAUCGAAGCCAAACGCACAGGGCUUUCCUUUGCCGCCCACCUGAUCGGAGUCGCUGCGGAGGCCGUCGAGGACUCGAUCGCGCUGACCGAGAAGUCGGUGGCUCAGGUGGAGCGCAAAGACGCCAAGCCGGUGCCCGACGUUUCCAACGUCCCAUCGACGCACGGACCGCUCGUCCGCGGACUGGCUGGUGACGGCGUUUCACGCCCGGGUCCGGACCAACAGGAGAUCUGCACCAUGAGCCUUGUCGUCGAUCGUUGCGAAGGGUUUGGAGAUCUUGACCGCGGGUCCGCCGUUCCGGCCUUGAAGGGACUGCCGCUGCUGGGCCUCGCGCCGGCACUGCGCCGCGAUCCGCUGCGCUUCUUCACGCGGGUGGCCGCGGACCAUGGCGAUGCGGUCUGGUUGCACCUGGGACCGGACCGGGUCCUGAUGGUGAACGACCCAGCGAUGAUCCGUCACGUUCUGCAGGACAAUCGCCCGAACUACGUGAAGAGCCGCUUCUACGACAUGAUGCGGCCGGUUCUGGGCGAAGGCAUCUUUCUGGCCGAGGGCGAUGACUGGCUGGGGCAGCGCAAGACCGCGCUGCGCAGCUUUCAGGGUUGCCAGCUGCGCCGCAUGACCGCGGCGAUGCAGGAUGCGGUCGACGACAUGCUGCAGCGCUGGCAACUGCCCGCGGCCCGGGGCGAGGCGCUCGACGUUGUGCCGGAGAUGAUGCGGCUGACCCUGGACAUUCUGAUGCGCACCCUGUUCUCCGUCCGGCUGGACGGUGACCACGAAGAGGUCUUUCAGGCCAUGACCGUUGUGCUGCGCGACGCGGAGCGCCGCGUCUGGUCGCCGUUUCAGAUGCCCCGCUGGCUGCCGACGGCGCGCAACCGGUCGGUGGCGAAGGCGCUCGCCGUCCUCGACCGCUUUGUCUACACCAUGAUCGCAGAGCGGCGUCGCGCCGGCGCAGAGGAACGCCGGGACAGCGAAGACGCAGGCGGCGAUCUGUUGGACCUGCUUCUGGCCGCGCAGGGCCAGGACACCGACAGGAAACUGCGAGACCAGAUCCUGUCGAUGGUUCUCGCCGGUCACGAGACCACGGCCAAUGCCUUGGCGUGGUGCUGGUACCUGCUGUCCCUGCACCCGGAAUCCCUUCGCCGCGUCACGGCCGAGGCGGAGGCUCUGCCCGCGGGGCGCCCGCCGGCCUUCGCCGAGCUGGCCGGGCUGACCUAUACGCGCUGCGUCUUCGACGAGGCCUUGCGGCUUUAUCCUCCGCUCUGGACCUUCUCGCGCACGGCGCUUGCCGAAGACGAAAUCGCCGGGCUGCCGGUUGCGGCCGGGACGAACGUCAUGCUGAACGUGUUUGCCGUCCACCGCCGGCCGGAGCUUUGGGACAACCCGGAAGGCUUCGAUCCGGCGCGCUUCGAUCCCGAGACCGGCGACCCGCGCCGCCGCUUCGCAUACUUUCCCUUCAGCGACGGACCGCGCAGCUGUCUUGGCGAGCGCUUUGCGGUUCUCGAAUCCCUCAUCGCCAUCAGUUCGGUGGUGCGCCGCUUCGACCUGCACCUGCUUCCGGGGCAGGACGUCAGGGUUAUGCCCGCGCCCGUCUUGGUGAUCCUGAUCUAUCUGAUCGGGUUGGGUAUCGUUUAUCCGGCGCUGCCCUUCCAGGCCCUGGCCUUGGGAGCGAGCCCGCUUCAGGUGUCGAUGAUCCUGGUCACCGAUACGGCCAUGGUGCUGCUGCUGGCGCCGCUGUUCGGGCGCCUGAGCGACCGCUUCGGCCGACGCGGCGUGACCUGCCUGGCACUGGCGACCGCCCCCUUUGCCUAUCUCCUGAUGGCCUAUGCCGACUCGCUGCUGAUGCUCUUUGCGGCGCGGGCCCUCGCAGGCGUCAGCAACGCGGCGGUGCCGGUGAUCCAGGCGCUCAUGGCCGACAGCACCUGUCCGAAGCGCCGCGUGCACGGGAUGGCCAACGUGAAUUCCGCCUUCGCCCUCGCCUUUAUCGUCGGGCCGCUGCUCAGCCGCAGCUGGCUGCUGGGGCCAGAGGGCGACGACUAUCAGGCGGGCGCCCUGGGUGGCGCGGGCUUUGCCGUUUUGGCGGUUGUCCUGGCUGUCCUCCUGCUGCGGGAGGUCCGCCAGCCGGGGCAGGCCGGAGCCGCUGUCCGGUUCGCCAGCUCGCGGGCAGGCCUCCUGAAGGUUCCGCAGAGGCUGUUUCUGGCGCCUUUGCUGUUGGGGCCCAUCGUGAUCAUGGCGCUUCUGGCCUUCGCCUAUGCGGCGAUGGAAGCGACGCUGGGCCUGUGGUCGGACCGGGUGCUCGCGUGGCGCGCAUCCGACGUCGCCCUGGGGUUCAUCUGCGCCGGCGUGGCCGCCCUGUUCAGUCUCUGGGUUCUGAUUCCGCUGCUCUGCCGGCGCAUCGGCGAGGAAGCCGUCGCCGCCGCUUCGUCCCUCGCCAUGGUCUUCGGCUUGUUGCUCUUCGCCUUCUGGCCCGGCGACCUUGCGAUUGCCUUUGCGAUGAUGCUUCUGGGCGCCGGCGUUGCGACGAGCCUUUCCUGCCUGCAGGCUCUUCUGUCCAAGGCGGCACCGGCUUCGGCGCAGGGGGCGGUGCUGGGCGUCAAUCACGCCGUUCUCAGCAUUGCGCGCAUUCUGGGGCCGAUCUGGGGCGGGUUUGCCCUCGGCAGUCUCGGGACAAGCUGGCCGCAUCUCUCCGGCGCCGUUCUCGUUGUCAGUGCGCUGAUCGCCUUGAUCCUGCUGUACAGGCCGCGCGCGCAGCCCCAGGAGGCAAAGAUGAACGUUGCCAGUUUCCUCGAUGCCACUGCCACCCGAACGCCGGCGGCAACGGCCGUGGUCCACGACGGCAGGCGCUACAGCUACAGGCAGGUGGUGAGGGAGGCCAACAGGGUUGCCAACGGUCUGCAGGCCGAAGGCUUCGGCCCCGGCAGCCGCAUCGCCCUUGCCUGCAACAACAGGCCCGGGUUUCUGGCCGCCUACUACGGCAUCCUCAAGAUCGGCGCGGUUGCCGUCGUGCUCAGCACGACGCUCAGAGAACGGGACAUCCGCUUCCAGCUUGAAGACUCCGGUGCCGAGGCCCUGCUCUGCUUUGAGGGUUGCGGCGACCGGGCCUAUGCCGAUGAAGCCCUGCCGGCAGCCGAUGCCGCGCCGCACUGCGCCAAGGUCUGGGUCAUUCCCGCCCGUCCCGAGGCAGCCUCUACGGUGGCGGGCUAUCCCGCCCUUGCCGAUCUGACGGCCGGUCAGUCAGACCGCUGCGCCACGCGCAGCUACGCAGCUCAGGAGACGGCCGUCAUCCUCUACACCUCCGGCUCGACGGGGCGUCCCAAGGGCGUCGAACUCACCCAGUCGAACCUCAUCGAGAUGGUGCGGAUCAACCGCGGCCUCGCGGCGCCGGCGGCCACCGCCGUGCGGCUGGUUUCGACGCCGCUGUUCCACGUGAUGGGCCAGAUCUGCGGCAUGAACCUGGCGGUUCUCAACGGCGAGACCAUGGUGCUGGUAGAGCGCUUCGAUCCCGCCCUGAUCUGGCGCCUCAUUGUCGAAGAGGCGGCGACCUACUUCGUCCAUAUGCCGAUCUUCUACCGCUACCUGCUGGAGCGCGCUGAUGCGGUGGACACUGCCGCGGUGCGGCGCAGCCUGCGCCUCUGUGCGACCGGUGGCGCGCCGCUGCAGGACGAUCUCCGCACCGCCUUCCAGGCGCGCUUCGGUCUCCCCCUGGUUCCCGGCUACGGCCUGACCGAGGUGACGUCGAUCGUGGCCUGGGGGGCGGAUAUGCCGCUGCCACGGGCAACCACUGUCGGGAAGGUGGUGCCCGGUGUCGAAGCGGUCGUCGCCGACGGGGCCGGCAGGGCGCUGGCGCCGGGUGAGGAGGGCGAGAUUCUGGUGCGCGGGCCCGGGGUGAUGAAGCGCUACCUCAAUCUGCCUGACGUGACAGGGACCCGUCUCAGGCACGGCUGGUUCCACACCGGCGACAUCGGACGCUUCGACGGCUUCGGCCGGCUCGACGUUCUCGGGCGCGUUGACGACAAGAUCCUGCGCGGCGAGGAGCAUAUCUACCCGGCCGAGGUGGAAACGGCGCUCAAAGGCCAUCCGGCGGUCCGCGAGGCGGCGGUCAUCGGGAUUCCCGACGACGUUCUGGGUCAGGAGGCGAAGACCUUUGUGGUGCUCAAGGAAGGCUGCGCCCUCAGCGGCGGCGACCUGCUCGGCUGGCUGGCACGGACGCUGCCCGACGGCAAGUGUCCGGGUCUGCUACAGUUUCAAGAGAGCCUGCCGCUGACCCCGACAGGCAAGGUCGCGCGCCACCUGUUGCGCUAG